AUGGUCAACCCCACCUUGUUCUUCAACAUUACUGUCAAGGGCUUGCCCUUGGGCCCCAUCUUCUUUGAGCUGUUUGCAGAUGAGGUUCCAAAGACAGCAGAAAACUUUUGUGCUCUGAGCACUGGAGAGAAAGGACUUGGUUACAAGAGUUCCAGCUUUCAUAGAAUUACUCCAGAGUUUAUGUGUCAGGGUGGUGACUACACAGGCCAUAAUGGCACUGGCAGCAAGUCAAUCUACGGGGAGAAAUCUGAUGAUGAGAACUUCAUCCUGAAGCAUACAGGUCCUGGCAUCUUGUCCAUGGCAAAUGCUAGACCCAACACAAACGGUUCCCCGUUCUUCAUCUGUACUGCCAAGACUGAAUGGUUGGAUGGCAAGUAUGUGGUCUUUGGCAAGACGAAAGAAGGCAUGAAUAUUGUGGAGGCCAUGGAUCACUUUGGGUCCAGGAAUGGCAAGACCAGCAAGAAGAUCACCAUUGCUGACUGUGGACAACUCUAA